UCGCGGGCGCAGGACCCACCGGAGGCACCCAGCACCGCGCGGCUGCGCGCCCGGUCGGUCCCGUUGCACCAGCUGCGCGCGUCCGCCCACGGCCUUCCAGCGCACCACGCUGCCCAGCCAGAGGGAAGAUGGGCACGGGGGACUUCAUCUGCAUCUCCAUGACUGGAGGGGCGCCCUGGGGGUUCCGGCUGCAGGGCGGCAAGGAGCAGAAGCAGCCUCUACAAGUGGCGAAGAUUCGAAGCCAAAGCAAAGCCUCUGGGGCCGGGCUGUGUGAGGGGGAUGAGGUGGUGUCCAUCAAUGGCAGUGCUUGUGCAGACCUGACCUAUCCCGAGGUCAUCCAGCUCAUGGAGAGCAUCACAGACUCCCUGCAGAUGCUCGUCAAGAGACCCACCAGUGGAGCCAGUGAGGCUCUGGACUCUGAGCCUGAGAACAAAGCCCUUGAGCACCUCACACUCGAGGGGCACGUGGGAAGCACCUCCCUGCAGAUGCCUCCGGCCACCUGGCCCCCGCGCCGAGAGCAGAAUGGAGCUCUGGCAGCAGCCGACGGAGGGGCUGUCGCCCGCGGGCGCACGGUGGAGCUGCGGCUGACCCUCGGUCCCCCGCCAGAGCCACCCUCCCUGCGCGCCACCACGGGCCUCGGGGGAGGUCAGCAGCCCCAGGCUCAGUCCCCCGGCCCCUCCCUGGUCCCCUCCGGG